UUUUGGGUAUAUUUUUUCUUUUGCUUUAUAGCAGAGAGAGAGAGAGAGAGGGAUCCAAAACGCAGCGUUUCCUUGCAGAGAGAUCAGUCGGUCGGAAAGCGCUACCUUUUUGUUUGCCUAGAGAGAAUUUGUUCGUUUCUUUUUUACUCUCUCCGACAAACCCACGAGAGAAAGAGGCAAGCAGGACAAUAGAAUCGUCCAUGGAAAACUCUGGUGUCGACGAAACUGAGGUUUUCUACGCGGUGGAAAAGAGCACGGCCAAUACAGAGAAGAGCGAGAAAGUGGAGCCGGAGAAGGAGCUUGAUAACGGAAUGAGUCAACUCAGAGACGACGACGAAUCACUUGGGACUAUUGGUGAGGAUAUGUACGAUUUACAUGAUGAUGCUGUGCGACAAACCCUAGACAAGGAUCAGGUUGAAGGUGUUCGUGAAAAUUCUUCUGUGGAACCAAAUGGUGAAGAUGUAAGAGAUGACGUUAAGGAGAUGGAUAGCGUCAAGGAAACUGUAGUCAGUGCCAUUGUUCCGGUUGAUGAAGUAGAAGUAGACCGUGAGGUAGAAGCAUCUCCUUGUCUGACUGCAUCGUCAGAUUCUUUGACGGUGAAGCCAUCUCUAUCUUCGGAUCCUGCCUCAGCUGCAAAAGGUUUAUCACUGGUUUCAAUUCCAACUAAACAAGAGCAAAGAUCUGAUUCUCCGGUGGUUAACAGAUUGUCAGUUUCUCCCGUUCCGAGGACACCUGCUCGUGAUGGUUACAAUUGGAGAAAAUAUGGACAGAAGCAGGUUAAGAGUCCCAAGGGCUCACGGAGCUACUACAGGUGUACGUAUUCUGAAUGUUUUGCUAAAAAAAUUGAAUGCUCCAAUGAUUCAGGCAAAGUGGUAGAGAUUGUUAACAAAGGUUUGCAUAGUCAUGAACCUCCCAGGAAGAAUAGCUUCUCCCCUAGAGAAAUUAGAGUUGCUUCAGCUAUCCGGCCUAUUUCAGAGAAUAAUGCAGUAGUAAAAGAGCCAACAAUAGUCCCUAACGGUUCAGAUCCGGCUGCUUCUACUAGAGAAAACAUCUGUGAGCCGCAAACAUUCGUUGAACGGAAGAGACAUUGUGGGAACGAAGCUGUGGACGAACCAGAGGCAAAACGAAGACUGAAAAAAGAGAACUCACAAAGUUCAGAUUCUGUCUCCAAACCUGGCAAGAAAAAUAAAUUCGUAGUACACGCAGCUGGUGAUGUUGGGAUCUGCGGUGAUGGAUACAGAUGGCGUAAAUACGGGCAGAAAAUGGUGAAAGGAAAUCCUCAUCCAAGGAACUACUACCGAUGUACUUCUGCGGGAUGUCCUGUUCGUAAACACAUUGAGACAGCAGUAGAGAACACAACAGCUGUAAUAAUCACAUACAAAGGAGUACACAACCACGACAUGCCGGUGCCAAAGAAACGCCACGGUCCUCCUAGCUCAAUGCUCGUGGCUGCAGCCGCUCCAACGUCAAUGAGAACGAGGACAGACGAUCAGGUAAACAUCCCCACUUCAAGCCAGUGCUCGGGGGGACGAGAAAGUGAGAAAAAGAAAAGCAGUGAAGCAGUGGAUGUUGGUGGGGAGAAAGUGAUGGAAUCAGCUCGGACUUUGUUGAGCAUUGGUUUCGAAAUCAAGCAAUGCUGAUUAAUGAUUAUAUGUAAUUUUAGAGAGUUCAUCGACUCAAUUUUUCGCCUCCUAGUUUUUGUUAUAUAUAAAUAAUAAAGUUACCAUGACGAUAUCAAUAAUUAUUAGUAUUGGUUUGGUUGAAAUAUUGUUCCAUUACCAACUCAAACACAUUUACAUGUCUCUGUGUAAUGAUAUGAUUACAGUAUUAUUAAUCUUGGUAAUAAAGCGAUAAUUUUAGUGGA